AUGGCAUCUACAAUCGAAUGUGAGAAGUUCAUUGGGAUAAAUAUAAAAGUGAAGCUAAAUGAUAAGAGAAUACUAGAUGGCGUUGUAACGGUUAUAGAUCCUUUUGGAAAUAUUCUAUUGUCUAAUACCUGGGAAUCAACUGCAGAUAAAAUAGCUCCUGAGAAGAUGCACAGAAGGGAGUUGGGUUUAGUUAGCGUUCCUCGACACGCUUUCAGUAAUAUAUUAGUCCCGCGGAAGUAUUGUCAGUAUAUGAAAAAUACCACACCUUAA